AUGGCCAUUCACCUGGUGAUGUUCACACCCGACGUUGGUCCUACUCCAUCAUCACUUUGGUCUCCCUCGCUGUUCGAUGCAACGUUCGGCUCUAGUUCAAACACGGUUUUGUCCCUUUGGUCGAAACCCCCUAAACCAGAUCACCGCCACCGAACGCAAUUUGGGCAUUCUGUUUUUGUUGCCCUAGCAAAUCUUCGUAAAAUCCUCGAUGAACACCGUCGUAUGGUUGCCUGUGAGCUUCCUGAAAUCAACGAACACGCUCUUGAUUGUUCGAAUCAAGAUCUGUGCUCCGCGGAUUGGUGGCAGGCGUGGUGGAAUGGAAUGGGUCGAUUUCUACUCGAUGGUCGAUAUCCCAUGCCGUAUAAAGAGGCCGCUCAGCGUUUUCAGAGAAACCCAUUUGAGCAACUCAUCGAGGACACAGCGGAGCGUUUGGAGAAGGAACUAAUCAUCGAACCGUUAUCAUCAGAAAACGAGUUCAUGUCAACUGACGAAUAA